AUGGCUACUUUAGCCGAAUUUUCUUCGACAGCCUCGCCGCUGCCCAACUUUAAUUCCGCCCAUGAUCUCGAAUUCGACUCUUUUUUGAACCUCGAUCAAACCGCUUAUCCCACCUCCGAGUCCAUGAAGUCGGAUCCUUCCCUUAUUUCUCAGCCGUCUAUGGUAACUCCAGAACCCAGUCUGAAUGAUAUGGGUCCCUCUUACAACGGCCCAAGCCAUCAGUAUGGAGAUCACCAACAACAGACUGGGUUUCCACCAGACGCAGUUGCCCAUGCCAUGGCAUAUAAUGAUAAUUCUCUAGGAACCGUGCGUGCUGGACACCAAGGUUUUCCCAUGGCUGAUGGCAGUUGUAUGCACAUGAAACGUGAAGAUUCAACCGUCGAUUUUGGUACCGCCCCGUCUCGCGGCCAUUCCGAAAUGGAUAUUGAAGCCGAGAACGGCAACAACAAAAACUUCUUCGUUCCUCUGGCCAAUACGGUCAGAGUCCAGCAAUUCAUCGAUCCCAAUACUUUGGGUGGCCAUGAGAUGUCUAUCAUUGCUCAUCCCGCACCGCAGGCCGGCCGGGUAUAUCCAGGUAUGCAUCAGCAGCAGGCUGCUAUGGCACGCGCCGCCCAACAGCAGAAGCAGCAAGCAGAAAUCAUUCGUCAGCAACAGCAAAUGCGCCAACGUCAUGCGGAACAGCUCGUUCGCCAAGCUCAACAACCUCAACCACCUCAACCACAGCCUUCCACUCGCCCAGUUCGCCAAACAGACCCAGUUGUUGAAGAGCGGAUUUCUCGUCUGUUGCAACAGAUGCGCCAAAGCAAUCUCGGUCAAGAUAACCGUCUAUCUGCUUCGACAUCGCUCCUGCCUCAAAUGGCAAAACAGAAGAAAGAUGAAGAGGAUAUGGACGAAGACGAGCGUCUAUUAGCCAGUGAAGAAGGGAAAAAGCUUACCAGCAAGGAGCGACGUCAAUUACGGAACAAGGUGUCUGCCCGUGCUUUCCGCUCUCGCAGAAAGGAAUACAUCACUCAACUCGAGGGCGAAGUUGCAUCCAAAACGAAUGAGAACAACGAACUGCGUCUGCAAAACCAUGCGCUUGCAGAGGAAAAUAACCGUCUUACUGAUUUGACCCGCAUUCUUUUGUCCUCUCCACACUUUUCGGAUGUCUUGAAUGAUCUGACUGCCAACGGAUUACCUGCUUCAGCACAGCCUCCUGUUCAGGUCGCCCAACCCCAACAUCAACCUAUGGUAUCUCAGGCUCCCGUUCCUACCAGCGUUGCUGGUCCCCAAGUAAACAUGGUCAUAGUCCCAGAUAACCACAUGGAUCUGUAUGCUGCUGGCUGGAACUCGGGCAUCGACAUGAACUACAACCCUUCAGUUUUUGCUGUCCUCGAGGUCCCAGAGGGGCCGGUUGAUCUAGAAGCACUGUCUGGAAAGUCAUCUAGCUUUGAAACUCCGGCUUCAUCUUGUGAGUCGUCUAAGGUAGAGGUUCCCCAGCUUGAGCAACCUCCUAUCGCUCCACCAACUACUGUGAGCACUUGCGAACCCACUAGAGCAAUAGAAGCUUUGGACGAGACAGACCCGUGUUUUGCCUUGUUUCUAGAUAACGUUCCUGCGGUACUAAGUGGUCAGUCUUCCAUUCUUUUCAAUGAGGUUGAUUCCGGAAAGCCCUCCCAAUACAAGCUUGUUGUGGACCAAGAAUCGGAGGACAUCUCAGAGUUGUCAGUGCGCGACUUCAAACGGCUAUGUUACAGCAUGGACGCUGCAUUCGAACGCGUAUGCAGAGUGACAGACCAUCUUCUGUGA